AUGCCUGCCAGAGGACGCGCCGAAGGGGGGGGGCCUGCCGAGGACACCCUGGAGGAGCUGCCGUCCCCGGGGGGCGCCCGAAGGGGCUGGCCCCCGGGGCCGCCGAAAGAGCUGCUCCGAGGACACCUGGGGGGGACUGCCGGUCCAAGGACACACUGGGGGAACUGCCGUCCGAGGACCCGGGCCGAAAAGGAACUGCCUGCCGAGGGGGCGCGCCGAAGGAGCUGCCUGCCGCGCCGGCCCGAAAAGGGGCUGCCCCUUUCCGGGACCGCCGAAGGACUGCCUGCCGAGGACCGCCGAAGGGGGCUGCCUGCCCCAGGACCACCCUGGAAGCCCGUCCGAGGGGGGGCGCCCGAAGGAGCUGCCUUUUUCCGAGGGGGCCCCCGAAGGAGCUUCCUGCCAGGGGCCGCCGAAGGGAAAAUGGGCCCCGAGGGGACGCACCGGGAAGGGGGCUGCCCUUUUCCGAGGACACCCCGGGGGAGCUAA